CCCCAGAAUGAAACUUUUGAGAGAGACAGACGUUCAAUUCUCUCAUAUUUCCCUUUAAGCUAAUAAUUAAGAGGGAAAAAAAAAAAGCCAACUAUAAAUUCUCUUUGUGAUUUUCUGAUGUUCUGAGACUGGUUCGUACCUUUGAUUGAUCGAACAAUUAGCUCAAAUCGGCUGAAAUGGCAUCAAUGGUAGCCAAGGGCAGUAAUGGUUGUACCACCCAAGUCUCUUCCUCGAUAACUGUUCAAGAAAAGGGAAGUAGAAAUAAGAGGAAGUUCCGGACUGAUCCGCCUUUAGGUUACCCUAGUAAGAUUAUUCCUUUAUCUCAGACUGAAUCCACAAGUUAUGAGUUUUCAGCUGAAAAAUUCGAAAUCACGCAGAGUCAUGGACAAAUUGGUGUCUGUGACCUGUGCAGUGUUAAUCAAGACCAUUCUGAUGGGUUGAAACUCGACCUUGGAUUGUCUAAUGCUGUUGUUCCAUCCGAGGUUGGCCCAAGCCGGCCCAGAGAGGAACUAGAGGCAGAUGAGUUUCAGGAUGCUGAUUGGAGUGACCUCACAGAAACCCAACUUGAAGAGCUUGUUCUAAGUAAUUUGGACAUGAUUUUCAAGAGUGCAAUAAAAAAGAUUGUUGCUUGUGGUUAUGCAGAAGAAGUUGCUACAAAGGCUGUUUUGCGGUCUGGUCUUUGUUAUGGGUGUAAAGACACCAUGUCUAAUAUAGUGGAUAAUACUUUAGCUUAUCUUAGAAGUGGCCAAGAAAUUGAUCCUUCAAGAGAGCACUGUUUUGAAGAUCUACAGCAGCUGGAGAAGUACAUAUUGGCAGAACUGGUUUGCGUUCUUCGGGAGGUUAGGCCUUUCUUCAGCACUGGUGAUGCAAUGUGGUGCUUGUUGAUUUGUGACAUGAAUGUCUCUCAUGCUUGUGCAAUGGAUGGCGAUCCCUUCAAUAGUUUCAUUGGUGAUGGAGCUUCAAAUGGAAGUCCCUCCAUCCCGAAUCAACCCCAGUCAGAAACAGAAUCCAAAAGUUCGGAAUUGAAUAAUCUGAAUAAUUCUACGACAGUUCCUUCAGUUCCUGGUUCUCAUAGCUCACAGUCUGAGAAACCUACCAUUGCAGGAGGGGUUCCCAGCAUAGCUAAACCGAAAAAUUCUGUUGUUCAUAGUGGAUCAUUGUUUGAGAGAGAGGGCGCACAUUCCACAUCUGAUAAUGGGGAUAAAUCUUUUUGUGCAUCUGGAACAUCUCAAUCUCCCGCAGUAGAGGAAAAGCUUUUAAGUAGUAGAAAGGUCCAUUCUGUUACUACCAAGAGAGACUACAUGCUUCGGCACAAGUCGCUUCAUUUGGAGAAAAGCUAUCGGACUUAUGGAUGUAAAGGGUCUUCAAGAGCUGGGAAGCUGAAUGGUUUGGGUGGUUUAAUCUUGGAUAAGAAACUAAAAUCUGUGCCAGACUCUACUGCUGUUAAUUUAAAGAAUGCUUCCAUAAAAAUAAGCAAGGCUAUGGGAGUUGAUGUGCCUCAAGACAGUGGAAACAACAAUCUUUCUGCCAAUGCAGGGCUUUCUUCCCCUAGACCAUUUAACCUGGAUGUUGACAACACUGCUUCUGUUUUGCCUAAGAACAGUGUCCCGUCCAUAUUCGGUACUUCAACGGCAUUACCUGCUGUCGGUACUUCAACGGCAUUACCUGCUGUUGGUACUUCAACACCAUUACCUUCUGUCAGUACUUCAAUGGCAUUACCUGUAGUCAAUACUGCAGCAGCAUUACCUGCACUAAAUACUCCGCCUGCAUUAUCAGUUGCUGAUACUGAGCUUUCCCUUUCUCUGCCUACAAAAAGCAUUUCAAAUCCAGUUCCUAUUAACUGUCACUCUGAUGCAACUAAUUCUGUUUUUUCUGGGAUACCGUAUGAUAAGUCCUUGGGGCAGUGGGUUCCCCGAGACAAGAAAGAUGAAAUGAUUUUAAAGUUGGUUCCGAGGGCACGGGACUUGCAAAGUCAGCUCCAAGAGUGGACAGAGUGGGCCAAUCAGAAGGUUAUGCAGGCUGCACGUAGAUUGAGUAAGGACAAGGCUGAACUUAAGUCAUUGAGGCAAGAGAAAGAAGAAGUUGAGCGGCUGAAGAAAGAGAAGCAAACGCUGGAGGAAAACACCAUGAAGAAGCUUUCUGAGAUGGAAAAUUCUCUGUGCAAGGCUAGUAGCCAGGUUGAACGAGCAAAUUCUUCUGUCCGGAGGCUUGAGGUGGAGAAUGCUGCCUUGAGGCAGGAAAUGGAGGCUGCUAAACUACGUGCUGCAGAGUCCGCUGCAAGCUGUCAGGAGGUAUCAAAGAGGGAGAAGAAAACACUGAUGAAGUUUCAGUCCUGGGAGAAGCAGAAAACCAUGUUCAAUGAAGAACUUGUGACUGAAAAGCGCAAGUUAAAACAGCUCCUACAGGAACUAGAACAAGCGAAAGAUCUCCAGGAACAAUUGGAGGUUUUUAGUUCUGAGUUUCUUCUCACUAAAAGAGAGAGUAUGUCGCAGGCUAGAUGGCAACAGGAAGAGAAAUCAAAGGAAGAACUAGUUGGGCAGGUCAGUUUGAUAAGAAAAGAAAGGGAACAGAUAGAGGCUUCAACAAAAUCCGAGGAGGAUGCGAUUAAACUGAAAGCAGAAAACAAUCUGCAGAAGUACAAAGACGAUAUUCAGCAACUCGAAAAGGAAAUCUCUCAAUUGAGACUCAAGAGUGAUUCUUCAAAAAUUGCUGCGUUGCGGAGGGGCAUUGAUGGAAGCUAUUCCAGCGAAGUAACAGAUAUCGAAAAUGGCCUGGAUGACAAGGGGUCCAGGAUCCCAUACAUCUCAGAAGCAGUAAAGGAUAUUCAAGACUACACUGAGACAGGAGGGGUGAAACGUGAACGGGAGUGUGUCAUGUGCCUCUCGGAGGAGAUGUCUGUGGUCUUCCUCCCGUGCGCCCAUCAAGUGGUUUGCAGGACGUGCAAUGAGCUCCACGAGAAACAGGGCAUGAAGGAUUGCCCGUCUUGUAGGAGCCCGAUACAGUGGCGAAUUUCUGUACGUUAUGCUCGUUCUUAAUAAAAGUCCGUAGAAUCUGAGUGGAGUGUUCUGAAUAAAGAUUUGUGGGACUCAUGUAAACAGAAUAAAUACGUUUGGAUCACUCCGUCGAGGAGUUUUUGACAGUUGUAAGUUGCCUUGUAUUCUGAGGUUUGAUCCUCUGGGUGGUUUGAUAAAUUUUCACAUCAUUGUACUAGUUUGAAAUUUAUAGAGGGCUAUGUGUUAGCUCUAAAUUUUGUUCCCACAUUGUGAAUUUGUUCUAAAUUAUUCAAAAAUAUUGUAUGAAACCCAAAAUCAAUGUUGGUUACUGUA